CAUUAGGCAGCAUAUAGGCAGUAAUGUACAUAUUGGUGAUCCUAAAGGUGAUCAUCAUCUAUGUCCAGUCGAUAACAAUAAUAAUCGCCAUUUAAUUACAUUGAUAUGACAGUAUUUAAAUUACCACAAUCAUGAACAAUCUUUGACGUCAAUCUAUGUAGUCUAUUCUGAUAAUAAUUAGUUAGGAAUUUUAUUGUACACAAUGUGGAAAAUCGUCUUUGACGUCACCAUUCAGGAUUAAAAACAACAAAAUUAGCAGACAGCCAUCAAAAACAGCAUCAACGAACAUGAUUUAAAAAGAUAUAUUGAGUACAGUUAUAAAAAACAGACAGGGGCUGGAUAGAAGAUUUAAUCUGUGAAAGAAGUGUAAAUAUGCGUGUGCUUUGAUGUUGUUUUGUGUGCUAUUUGUAUGUCUUCUUUGUUUUUUUUCAUGUAUAACAUCAAGCUGCCCAGGGACCGCAAAUGAAAAUGAGCCUUUUUGCUAAAUCUGACACAUUUACAUCAUAUUGAUUGUUAAUUGAUAUGUGUUGUCUGAUAAACAAACACUAGCUGGGUAAACAUCUAUCAUAAGCAUACAGAGGAAUUCCCUUAUUCUAAACUUCAAGAUAGGGAGGGACAGUGGCAAAUUUAUGGAAUGUCAAGAUUUUAUUUUGUAAAACCAAUGUGAGUAGUUCCGGUCAGGUACAUGCUAACUGUUGCUAACAACUUCCCGGGUCAACUUGUACAUGCGAAAAGUGACAGCAGCAACGAUCCGUGGGCAUAUAGCUGAUUAUAUUUCGUUGUGUUUAUAAUUAGCUUAGUGUUAGCUUCCAAACUUUAUACACUAACUCUUCAUCUUUUAGUGGCGAGUUUUAAUUCACGUAAAAUGGUGUUUUACUUCACAAGUGCCGUGGUGAACCCUCACUACACAAUCUACAUGGGAAAAGACAAAUAUGAAAAUGAGGAUCUAAUAAAGUACGGAUGGCCUGAAGACAUCUGGUUUCAUGUGGACAAACUGUCUUCUGCUCACGUUUAUCUGAGACUGCCAAAGGGUCACACAAUAGGUGAUAUCCCCCCGGAGGUGCUGAUAGACUGUGCACAGCUGGUGAAAAACAACAGCAUUCAAGGCUGUAAGAUGAACAACAUCAACGUGGUUUACACGCCGUGGACCAACCUGAAGAAAACCGGAGACAUGGACGUAGGACAGAUCGGCUUCCAUCGACAGAAGGAGGUGAAGAUCGUGGCGGUGGAGAAGAAGAUCAAUGAGAUCGUAAACCGUCUGGAGAAAACAAAAGAAGAACGCCUCCCUGACCUAGCGGCAGAGAGAGAGUCAAGAGACAGAGAGGAGAGAAAUGAAAAGAAAGCUCAGCUCCAAGACCAGAAGAAGAAAGAGAAGGAAGAGCAGAAGAGGAAAAAAGAGAUGGAGGAACUCAGGAACUAUUCUUCACUGAUGAAGAGCGAAAAUAUGAAGACAAACGAGGACGGUUACGAUUCAGACGACUUCAUGUGAGAGGUGAACGCCAGGCAGCAAGCAGACAGAAUCCUCCUCCACCACCCAGAUCUGCUGUCAGGAUGCUCCCCUGCUGCUUUUGCUUGCUGCAACUCUGCAUUGACACCGGAGGGGGGGGAAAAGACAAAUGGAUACCUUUUGCUUUUGGACACUUGGAGCAGAAAGCGAGCCGAUAAGGGACAGCGCCGGGACUUAUUCCACAUGCUGAUUGGUUCAGACACUGCUUCCACAUCAAACCAAGCUGCCUGGCCUCUUCAUCAAGGGAUGACACUGUAGAAAACACAGGACAACAAACAUGCUGAGGAAAAUUUUGGGGGGAAACACUCAAAUAGCAGAACUGUGUUUGAUUGGGUUUUCACUUCCAUGUCGAUGUAUGUUAAAACUAGUGUAUGGGUGUUUUAAUAACCCUGCAAACCUCUUUUCUUCAUGUUGUCAUUUCUCUGCAUGUCAGAUUUUAUUGAAUACAAUUCAAUGUAUGAAAUAAACCAGUCCCAGCCACUAUCAUCCAACUGCAGAACCAUAGUGUAUGGAGCCACUUAAGACCUGAAAGAUAUAUAUUUUUAGCUUGUGUGCACAGAUUUAGGGCUGCAUCUAACUGAUUGUUUUCAUAAAAUGCCUGUCACAUUUCCUAAAGUCCAAGGUGACGUCUUUAAAUUGCUUAUUUUGUCUGUCAAAAACCCAAAGAAAUUAAAGUAAUUUACAAUGAUAAAACAGAAAUCCAGGCAGAAAUUCCUCACAUUUGAAAAGGUGGAACAAUGUUUGCCAUUUUUACUAGAAAAAAAGUAAGAAUUAUUUGUGUGCACAGGAUUAAAAAAAUAAUACAUUUCUGGACUUCAGGAGCUCUGUAAUACUGACAGUAAAGCACAAAAGUUUAUUCUUGACCUUUGAAACUGUAGUUUGACAAAAAUUAUCUGGACCUAACAAAUGAAAAAUGUAACAGCAGCAUCAGUUUAGACCUGCAGAUGUAUGUGUGCCGUCUGCAGGCAGGGAAAGUCAUAUCUGCAUACUCUAUCAUACUCUUCCCAGUAUUCAGAAGAUACAAAGCUUUAGUCAACAAAACUGCACUAUUUGCCUGCAGGUUGUCUAAGUUUUUAAAUUGCAGCAGCUAUUUUUUUGCCUUAUAGGUCAACACAUUUACACCAUGGAUGUAUUAAGAGAAUCUGCAGGUCUAAAACACUGAUAGAGGAUCUGCCGUCUGCCAAAUGGGAGAAAAUGUGCCAAGUGAGGUUGUAAGAGAGUUACAAGGCAGUUCCACGAGGUGCUUUGCAUGAAGUAAUUUCUAUAAUUAAAUUUGUCUACUUACAUUGCCAAGAUGUCAUGUUUUGCUCUGCGAUGUUUGAUCCGAAUCGUAGUACCAAGAUGAUUGUUUUAUGACAAUAAAUCCUGAAAAGUA